UUUUCUUAUAAGGUAGGGUGUCCGGGACUCGAACCCAACCCCUAAAUAUAAAAUGUGAGAAAAUAGUUUAAAACUUACUUUUAAUUUUGAUCUAAAAGCUAUUAAUCAUUCUCAUAUAUCUUUGUCAUUCUCAUAAUAUACAUCCUAUAUAUAUAUAUAUAUAUAUAUAUAGUCAGGAUCAAAUGACACCAACUAGUUUGACACCAAAUGUUACACCUUUCAAUAACGUUUUAACCGAUAUAAAUUUUAUAAAAUCCACCGUUGCAUUGAAAGUUUAUAUCAUAUAGAUCAUUUGUGUAAAAUUUCAGACAAAUCCAAAAUCUUUUGAUAUGAUAUUGCGACACAUAAAGAUUAACGGCAUAUAAAAUUAAUUCGGUCAACAAAUUAAUUCUUAAGGGACCAUGAAAUUAUUAGGAAAUCUGAAAUAGUUGAAUUAUGGGACCAUGAUGUUUGGAAUUUAUUUCCAAUGCUUGUGUGCAUGAAGUGUGUACUGUUUUGAGUCCAAUAUCAAAACAAAACUAUCUUAAAUCCUCAACCGAAAUGCUUGUGUCCAUGGAGUGUGUACUCUGUUGGCUGUUUUUUUCAAUGUACUUAUGUGCACUCAUAACUAGCCCUACUUCUUCUUCUUCUUCCCUGACAAUUUCAUCUACUUCUUCAUCUUUAAAAAGUAGAGAAGCAAGUGCUUUGUUGAAGUGGAAAACAAGUCUUGACAACCAAAGCCAAACCUUACUAUCAUCAUGGAAUGGCAAUAACUCAUGCAACUGGCUUGGAAUUACUUGUGAUGAAGAUUCCAUCUAUGUUAAAUAUGUAAAUCUCACAAAUAUGGGAUUGAAAGGUACACUCAAAAGUCUUAACUUCACAUCACUUCCAAAUAUUCUUAUUCUUGAUCUUAGUUUCAACUUCUUGAAUCAAAAUAUUCCUAACCAUAUUGGAAUAUUGUCCAAACUUUCUUAUCUUGAUCUUAGUCACAAUCUUCUCUCUGGAACAAUUCCAUGUGAAAUAACAAAUUUGACUAGUCUUCAUACUUUAUAUCUAGAUAAUAAUACUUUCAGUAGUUCCAUUCCUAAAGAAAUAGGUGCAUUGAGGAAUCUGAGAAAACUUGGUAUCUCAAAUGCAAAUCUCACAGGGACUCUCCCAACUUCUAUUGGGAAUUUGACGUUGUUAACGCAAUUGUUUCUAGAUCGCAACAAACUUUCUGGAGAAAUCCCAUCUACAAUUGGAAAUUUACUGAACAUGGAAUAUCUACUUCUUGCUGCAAAUAACCUUUGUGAAUCUAUUCCUCAAGAAAUUUGGAAAUUAUUGAACUUAAAAAUCCUAUAUCUUACUGCCAAUAAUCUUUCUGGAUCUAUUCCUCAAGAAAUUGGGAAAUUAUUGAACUUAAAAAUCCUACUUCUUAAUACCAAUAAUCUUUCUGGAUCUAUUCCUAGCGUAAUUGGAAUGAUGAGAUCUUUGAUUCAAAUUGAUUUGUCAUAUAAUAGUUUCUCUGGUAAAGUCCCACCUUCAAUUGGAAACUUGAGCCAUUUACAAGAUCUUUCCAUUCAAAGAAACCAUCUCAUUGGGACAAUUCCGACGGAAUUGAAUAUGCUUGCUAAUCUGGAAACAAUCUUUGUAAAUGAUAACAAUUUCAUUGGACAGUUGCCUCAUAACAUUUGCUUUGGUGGAAAAUUGGUAUCCAUUAUUGCUUCAAAUAACCAUUUUACUGGCCAAGUUCUAAAGAAUUUGAAGAAUUGUUCUAGUCUUAUUAGACUAUGGCUUGAACAUAACCAGUUUUAUGGAAACAUAACAGAAGAUUUUGGUGUAUACCCAAAUUUGAAGUUCAUAAAAUUAGAUGACAAUAAUUUUCAUGGCCACCUUUCAUCCAACUGGGGAAAGUUUUAUAACUUGACAGAACUUAACAUCUCCAAAAAUAAUAUAUCAGGUUGUAUACCACCCGAACUCGGUGAAGCACCUAGCCUAUAUUCAAUUGACUUGUCUUCAAACCAUCUUACAGGAAAUAUUCCAAAGGAGUUAGGAAAAUUGACUAAGUUGGGCAGACUCUUUUUAUCAAACAACCAUCUUUCUGGUAUUUUUCAUGCACAAAUAACAUCCUUAAGUGGACUUGAAACAUUAGAUGUUUCAUCAAAUAAUCUAUGCGGCUUCAUCCCAAAAGAAAUUGUCAUUUUGCCUAACUUGUUGAACUUAAAUUUGAGCCAUAACAAAUUCAAAGGAAAUAUUCCUGUUGAUUUUGGAAAUUUUAAAAACCUUCAUUUUCUUGAUCUCAGUGGAAACUUUUUGAAUGGAACCAUUCCACAAAUGCUUGGAAAGCUGAUAUACUUAGAAACAUUGAAUAUUUCACAUAACAAUCUUUCUGGUUUCAUCCCCACUUCCUUGGAUCAAAUGAUUAGUUUGUGGUUGGUUGAUAUAUCAUAUAACCAGUUGCAAGGUGCACUUCCAAAUAUGCGAGCAUUCAAUAACGCUACAUUUGAAGUGUUGAGAUAUAAUGCAGGCUUGUGUGGUAAUGUUUAUGGAUUGAAGCCUUGCAUAAAACCAACUAGGAUCGCUAAGAAUAAGAAGGUGUUCUUGUUCAUAGUUUUACUCGUAAUAUCACUAGGAACUCUAAUGCUAGCGAUCGUUUGUUUCAGAUUCUCGUAUUGUUUCUUCCAUUCGUCAACCACAAGAGAAAACCAGGUUGGAGGAAACGUCAUUGCUCCAAGAAGUGUAUUUACAAUAUGGCGUUUUGAUGGAAAAAUGGUGUAUGAGAACAUUAUUGAAGCCACAGAAGAGUUUGAUGACAAACAUCUCAUUGGAGUAGGAGCGCAUGGAAGUGCUUACAAAGCAGAGUUGCAGACAGGUCAAGUUGUUGCUGUCAAAAAACUCCAUUCAGUGGUAGAUGCAGAAAACCCCAAUCUAAAAUCAUUCACAAAUGAGAUCCAAGCUCUAACAGAAAUUCGGCAUCGCAACAUUGUGAAGCUAUAUGGAUUUUGUUCACAUUCACACUUAUCGUUCUUGGUUUACGAGUUCAUGGAGAAAGGUAGUUUGGAAAAGAUUUUGAAAGAUGAUGAAGAAGCAAUUGCAUUUGAUUGGACUAAGAGGGUGAAUGUUAUUAAAGAUGUAGCUAAUGCUUUAUGCUACAUGCACCAUGAAUGCUCCCCUCCGAUUGUUCAUCGAGAUAUAUCAAGCAAGAAUAUUCUUCUGGAUUUAGAAUAUGUGGCUCGUGUCUCUGACUUUGGAACAGCUAAGCUUCUUAAUCCUAAUUCAUCCAAUUGGACCUCUUUUGCAGGCACCUUUGGAUAUGUUGCUCCAGAACUUGCAUACACAAUGGAAGUGAAUGAGAAAAAUGAUGUGUAUAGUUUUGGAGUAUUAGCAUUGGAAAUACUAUUUGGAAAACACCCUGGAGAUAUUGUAUCUAAUUCUUUACAAUGGAUUAUCAUGGGAUCAACACUUGAUACUAUGCCAAUGAUGAAUAAGUUGGAUCAACGUCUCUCUCGUCCGGCGAAUCGUCGACAGGCUAAGGAGUUAGUAUCUAUUGCAAAGACAACAAUUUCUUGUUUGGCUGAUAGGCCACAAUCUCGCCCUACCAUGGAGCAGGUUUCUAGGGAGCUUUUAAGAAUCCCACCUACAAUUGGAAAUUUACUGAACAUAAAAAUUCUAUUUCUUAAUGAAAAUAAUCUUUAUGGAUCUAUUCCUCAAGAAAUUGGAAAUUGGGAAGUUAUUGAAAAUAGAAAUAUGCUUGCUAAUUUGCAUUCAUUCCAAGUAGAUGAUAAUAAUUUAAUUGGUGAGUGGCCUCAUAACAUUUGCCAAGGUGGAAACUUGAACUACAUUAGUUCUUCAAAUAACAAUUUUAUAGGGCAAGUUCUAAAGAGUUUGAAGAAUUGUUCUAGCCUUAUUAGACUUUGGCUUGAUCACAACCAUUUUGAUGGAAACAUAACAGAUGAUUUUGGUGUAUACCCAAAUUUGGAGUACGUGGAAUUGGAUGACAAUAACUUUUAUGGCCACCUUUCAUCCAACUGGGGAAAGUUUCAUAACUUGACACAACUUCACAUCUCCAAAAAUAAUAUAUCAGGGUGUAUACCACCUGAACUCGGCGAAGCAACUAACCUAUAUUUAAUUGACUUAUCUUCAAACCAUCUUACAGGAAAUAUACCAAAGGAGUUAGGAAAUUUGACUAAGUUGGGAAGACUCAUUUUAAGCACCAACAAUCUUUCUGGUAAUAUUCAUGUACAGUUAACAGCAUCAAAGGGACUUGAAAUCUUAAAUGUUGCAGCAAAUAAUUUAAGUGGUUUCAUCACAAAAGAACUUUUCAUUUUUCCCAAGUUAUUGAACUUAAAUUUGAGCCAUAACAAAUUCAAAGGUAAUAUUCCUAUUGAGUUUGGAAAUUUUAAAGUCCUUCAAAGUCUUGAUCUUAGUGGAAAUUUUUUGGAUGGAACCAUACCACCAAUGCUUGGAAAGCUGAAAUACUUGGAAACAUUGAAUAUUUCACAUAACAAUCUUUCUGGUUUUAUUCCCUCUUCCAUGGAUCAAAUGAUUAGUUUGUCGUUUGUUGAUAUAUCAUAUAACCAAUUGAAGGGUGCACUUCCAAAUAUGCGAGUUUUCAAUAACGCUACAUUUGAAGUGUUGAGAAAUAAUGCAGGCUUGUGCGGUAAUGUUUCUGGCUUGAAGCCUUGCAUAAAACCAACCAGUGGAUCUCAUAAUAAUAAGACUAAGAAAGUGAUCUUGUUCAUAGUUUUACCUCUAGCACUAGGAACUCUUAUGCUAGCAUUCAUUUGUUUGAAAUUCUCGUAUUGUUUCUGCCAAUCGGCAACAACAAGAGAAAACCAAGUUGGAGGAAACAUCAUUGCUCCUACAAAUGUAUUUACAAUAUGGAGUUUUGAUGGAAAAAUGGUGUAUGAGAACAUUAUUGAAGCCACAGAAGAGUUUGAUGACAAACAUCUCAUUGGAGUAGGAGCACAUGGAAGUGUUUACAAAGCAGAGUUGCAGACAGGUCAAGUAGUUGCUGUUAAAAAACUCCAUUCAGUAGCAGAUGCAGAAAACCCCAAUCUAAAAUCAUUCACAAAUGAGAUCCAAGCUCUAACAGAAAUUCGGCAUCGCAACAUUGUGAAGCUAUAUGGAUUUUGUUCACAUUCACAGUUGUCGUUUUUGGUUUACGAGUUCAUGGAGAAAGGUAGUUUGGAAAAGAUUUUGAAAGAUGACGAGGAAGCAAUUGCAUUUGAUUGGAAUAAGAGGGUGACUGUUAUUAAAGAUGUAGCUAAUGCUUUAUGCUACAUGCACCAUGAUUGCUCCCCUCCGAUUGUUCAUCGAGAUAUAUCAAACAAGAACAUUCUUCUGGAUUUAGAAUAUGUGGCUCGUGUCUCCGACUUUGGAACAGCUAAGCUUCUUAAUCCUAAUUCAUCCAAUUGGACCUCUUUUGCAGGCACCUUAGGAUAUGCUGCUCCAGAACUUGCAUACACAAUGGAAGUGAAUGAGAAAAAUGAUGUGUAUAGUUUUGGAGUAUUAGCACUGGAAAUACUUUUUGGAAAACACCCUGGAGAUAUUGUAUCUAAUUCUUUACAAUGGAUUAUCAUGGGAUCCACACUUGAUAGUAUGCCAUUGAUGAAUAAGUUGGAUCAACGUCUCUCUCGUCCGGUGAAUCAUCGACAAGCUAAGCAGUUAAUAUGCAUUGCAAAGACAACAUUUUCUUGUUUGGUUGAUAGUCCACAAUCUCGCCCUACCAUGGAGCAGGUUUCUAGGGAGCUUUUAAGUGUGUAGUCUUCUUCAAUGGAUAUAUGCUUAAAUGUUACUUCUUCUACUUGGUUUUUGUAAAAAAAAAAUUCCAUUGGUCAUUUUAUUGUUAUUUUUGUAUUUUAGAUGUGCUAUCAUUUUGAAUAAUAUUUUAAUGUGGUUUUGAUUA